AUGGCUGGAAACAAGCUGGUGCAACUUGCUCCCACAACAUUUAAGCCUGGUUGCACAGUGAUCAUAAAGCCAGAAGAGAGGUGUGCAAAAAAGGAGGAAUUUAGGCUGGACCACAGCAGUUAUAAAAGACCAAUUCAUUCAGCUCCAUUCAAGCUUCGGUUUUGUACCAUCUCUGUGGUGGCUGCAGCACGGGAAAGUAAAGAAAUGACUGGAGAGGAUGAAAUGUUUGCCUCCUGGUCACUGCCUGCCAGGAAAUGGCUGAUCCAGCACCAGCGGUUGCUGUCAAAAAUCAUGCCAAUAAAAACAGAGGAGCAAAUACCCGAUCACACUUUCAGUGAAGAAAUUCUUCCUGAUGUCCAGGCAUUCUUCCUGGCACACCUUGAGGAUGAUGCCCAGCCUGGCACACCUUCUCCUGUUGUUGUUGCCUGGGAGAAGAGCCCGAUCCCCACCUCAGGGGAGGGAGGAGCCCAGAACAGGAUGCAGCACUCGAGGCAGCACAUCCCCAGUGCCAAGCACACGAGGACAAUCGCCGUGCCCGUGGGCUGGCAGCGGUGCCAGGCUGCGGUGCCAUUCCUGGGCAUGCAGACGGCAGCCAGGCACCCGCUCUUCUCUCCAGCUCUCGCCAAACCCGCUUUGCCCGGAGCAGGGGCGGCAGAACCCUUCCCUGGCACCCUCAUUGCCCGCAGCCGGGUGUGGGCGGGCGGGCUGGCGGGGCUCCGGCCGCUCCCCGCGGGCAGCCGCGGGCCGCCGCCGGCCUUCGGGUUCCUGUUCGAUGUGGACGGCGUGCUGGUGCGGGGCAGCCAGCCCGUGCCCGCCGCCCGCCGCGCCUUCCAGAGGCUGACGGACGGCGGCGGGCGGCUGCGGGUGCCCGUGGUGUUCCUGACCAACGCCGGGAACUGCAUGCGCUCGGACAAGGCCCGAGAGCUGUCCCGGGCGCUGGGGCUGCAGGUGCCUCCGGAGCAGGUGAUCCUGUCCCACAGCCCCCUGCAGCUCUUCAGCCAGUUCCACCAGAGGUGCAUGCUGGUAGACGGGCAGGGGCCCGUGGUGGAGAACGCCCACAACCUGGGGUUCAAGCACGUGGUCACCAUAGAGGCCCUGAGGAAGGCAUAUCCCCUGUUGGACAUGGUGGACCUGAGCCGGAGGCCAAAAGAGCUGCCUCCUCCUUCCCCCCCUGGCUUCCCCACUAUAGAAGGGGUGAUUCUGUUUGGCGAGCCAGUGAGGUGGGAGACGAGCCUGCAACUCAUUGCUGAUGUGCUCCUGAGCAAUGGGAACCCUGGGGCAGAGCUGCAGGAUGUGCCAUACCCUCAUCUGCCCAUCCUGGCCUGCAACAUGGACCUCCUGUGGAUGGCUGAAGCCAAGAUGCCCAGGUUUGGCCAUGGCACUUUCCUUCUCUGCCUGGAGAGCAUCUACAAGAAGGUGACAGGCAAGGAGCUGAGGUACGAGGCCCUGAUUGGCAAACCCAGCCCCAUCACCUACCGCUAUGCCCAGUACCUGAUCCAGCAGCAGGCGGAGAAGCAGGGCUGGAAGGCUCCCAUCCGACACCUCUAUGCAGUUGGGGACAACCCCAUGUCUGACGUCUAUGGGGCAAACCUCUACAACAACUACCUCAAGUCAGCUCAGCAGAACCAGGUUCAGGCUGGGCAGAAGAGGAGCCCACAGGCAGCCAGUGCCCAGGCUGAGGUUUCCCUGGAGCUGAGGAAUGACUGCACCAGCUCAGUGGAGAGCUGUGAGUCCAUCCUGGUCUGCACCGGGGUGUUCCGCCCCGACGGCGCCGCUCCCAGGGAAGCAGGGGAGACAGUGUUCCAUGGACACCGGGACUUCUGCUUCGACCCCAGCCUGGUACAGCCAUCCCACAUCGUGCAGGAUGUGGAUGAGGCCGUGCAGCUGGCUUUUGAAAAAGAAAACUGGAGCUAGGCGUUCAGACAGAGUGCCUAAAGAUCUGCUGUAAGGGGUUUUAUGUACUGGAAAGAGGGGAAGAAUGGGGAGGGACCUGGGGUGAUUUUCUAAUCUAGAUAAUGUUAAAGAAAACUCCCUGUUGCAGCACUAAAAGCCCCUUAAUUUUUUUAAAACUCAUCUGCCAUCCUGACAGCUGCCCAGAGACUCUCAGCUGUGGCUGUACAUUGCUGCCAGCCAUAAUUGAGCCAUAAUGGAAACAGGGUAUAAGGAGCAGGCUUGUCCCAGCAAUCCCGGUUUUGUUCAGCCCUCACAGCUCAUUCUUUUCCUUGCUUUGUGUGCAAAGAUCAGGGGAGCCCACCCUCCUCUUUGUGGGGUGUUUGGGGGCAAAGCUCUUCCCCACACAAGGAGCCACCAUCAGCCAUUUGUAGAAUGUGCUGUUUGUCCAGGCUGUGACUCGAGCUCACCAAAAGCUGGGCUGUGGUGGCUCCAUGCCAAGAGAAGGCUUUGAGUCUUAACAUUCUCCUCGUGAAGAAUAAGUGCCUACAGACUUUUAACAAAUUCUCUUUGCCUGGGGAUUUGCCACUGCAUCACUGUCAGCCUGAAACAAAGUUCUGUUUUGCAGUCAUCUGGCAGCUGUGGAGAGGCAGGGCCCCUCAAAGGAAGCUUCAGUAGCCAGAGCGACUUGCUGCAGGGCUGAGGUGAAAGUUAUAUUGUUCCCUCCCCCCUAUUUAGCAUUCUGUGAACACCCCUGCCUUUUCACAUCCCACCAGGGAGCCAGCAGCCUGUGCUCAGCAGCAGAGGAAACCACCACAGAGUUUGAAUUGGCAGAGUUGUCUUUGCCCAGAACUCAGUGCUGCAGCAAGAGGCUUUUUUGGCACCCACUCUGAUCCCAACUGUUGCAGGGAACAUCCACCUGCUCCAGCUGGCACAGCUUCCAAGAGGGGCCCUUCUCUGGAACAAGGGCCAAACAAAAAGGGUCACAGUGCACCUCUGCUCCUUCCUUGCAUGCAAAGAUUCAAAGAGAAGAUCAGUCAAGGAUGGUAGCAGAGCCUCAGAUCCCCAGGCCUGACCUUUUAGAAUACAAAUGUCCGUGUCUUCCAGUUCUUUUGUUCCUGUCAUCCCUCAUGUGGUUUGCAGCUCAGGGAUACCCCAUACAGUGUGACCUCUGGUCCCUCCUCUUUCUUUAACAUGCAGGUAGAGUCCCCCUCACAUGAAUUAGCAGCUGGGACUUGCCUGCCCAGGAACAUUUCCCUAACAACAUGCA